CCGCCGCCUCUUCCAAGUAGUGAGAGGCCAGCCGCCAGCAUCACCUUCUCCGUCUUCGGGGUGGCAAGUCUUCGAAAAAAAACCUCUCCAUCUUUGUAAUCCCCUCCUCAACUUGACCUAGAUCUCGUUUGUCGUCAUCAUACUUAGGCAGAUCAAACGGGCGAAACUCUGCCAACUUUAAUUUGGCCGACUCACGUCUUCCGCAGCGAUGAACACAGCGGAGGUAUUCGUUCGUAUUUUUUGCGAAAGCGACUUGCGCUAAAAUGCGAUGAGUUCCGGAUCGUAGAGAUUGAUUCACGUGUCUUCAGAUCGUCCACGAGGGCCUUCUAACGCUCCAACAUCAGGCCAUUUGAAGUGGUCGAGAGAAUCGGUCUUAGUCGUGAAUCGAUUUGGUUUGCCACCGAAACCUUUUCAAGAUUUACAAUAUCUUCCAUGUGUCUGCACCCCCGAAAUAUACUCUACUGAUCCAACAACCACUCACCAAAUGUAGUGUAACUUCCAUUAUAAAAAUAAAGAAACAUAAAGAGGAUGUUGAAAAGAUUCACAUCUAGAAAGGACCACGAGGGAGAGUAAAAAAAAUAUUCUUAAAUGGAUACUGGGAAUCUAUGUGGAUUAAGAUGGAAGAAUUAAAGUGUGGGGUGGAGCUUUUUCUGCUUGCCUUUUUCAUAAACUUUUUGAUAUUCAAAGACUAUUUUGGUAUAAAAAAUGUCUUUCUAGAAAAAGAUCUUUGUCACUUGUCUCUUGACCUGUGACUUUGAUUUCCUAUAUAACAAAGUAAAGCACCACUAAAAGAGAACAAAGAGAGAGAGAGAGAGAGAGAGAGAGAGGGGGGGAGAUGAAGACCAUGAGAGGGGAAGUUGUACUCAGUAUUCCAGCAAAGAAGGCAUGGGAGAUGUUCACAAACAAUGAGGUGUUGAGCAAGAUUGAGCCGGAUAUGCUCGCCAGUGCCGAGUACAUACAAGGAGAUGGCACUCCAGGGAGCCUGAGGCUCUUCAAACUUGGACCUGCACUGCAUGGUUACGUGAAGGAAUCGAUGCAGAGGAUAGAGAAGGUGGAACCUGGGCGGUGCAUGUCGUACCGUGUGGUCGGCGGCGAGCUGAGGGGCAUGUACGACCCGUACCGCGUAACCUUCUCCUUCCUUCCUGUCUCAGGGAAGGAGAACGAGCAGUGCAUCGCUGAAUGGAAGGCCGAGUUCGAGCCUGUUUCUCCUGCCGUCCCGCCGCCGGAGAAGGCCAAGGAAGCUGCUCUUGGCUUCCUCAAGUGCUUUGAAAGAUCCCAGCUUUGCAUUUGAGGUAAACAUCUAGGGCUGGUCCUCUUAAUUACCAUCCUGCUAUUGCACAACUUUAUUUGGUCCUGUACUUUUCACCUAAGCACUUCAGUUCGAAAGCUUUCACAUUUCCACUAUCUUAUAGAAUGGCGACUUUAUCCUUUCACCUAUAAAAUGGCUCAAUUAUUUAAAAUGACCAGAGCCUGAAAUGCAAUAUAUGUGAGGGUUCAGGGAUUAAAACAUUAAAAAGUGCAGGAACGAAGUUGUAAUAUCUGGAUGGUACAAGGGCUAUCCAUAGAUGUUACCCUCGUAAAGUACUACAUAAUGGAUGGUUUGUGUCCAAGUGUAUCUUAGUUUGUAUAUCACUGUAGCUUUGCUAAGUAUAUAUGAUAGUGUUUGUGUAAUUGUACCUGUGAAAAGAAUGUCAGCAAAUCAGUAAACUAGCAACAAGCAAACGAUACUGUUGACUAAGUUAUAGCAGAGUAGCUGUUGUGUCAUGGCUCCCUUCUUGCUGCUGUUAAUGGUUAAAUUUGGCUAUGUACUUUAUCAAUAGUUAA